GAACCGACCCAUCCCGGGGAACCCGAACCGAACCUUCCCGGGGAACCCGAACCGAACCUUCCCGGAGAGCUCGAACCGACCCAUCCCGGGGACCCCGAACCGAACCUUCCCGGAGAACCUGAACCGAAACUUCCCGGUGCUCCCGGAGAGCCCGAACCGAACCUUCCCGGAGAACCGGAACCGAACCUUCCCGGAGAACCCGAACCGAACCUUCCCGGGGAACCCGAACCGAAACUUCCCGGAGAGCCCGAACCGACCCAUCCCGGAGAACCUGAACGGAAACUUCCCGGAGAGCCCGAAUCGAGCCUUCCCGGGGCUCCCGAGGAACCCGAACCGAGCCUUCCCACAGAGCCCAAACCGACCCAUUCCGGAGAAACCGAACCGAACCUUCCCGGAGAACCGGAACCGAACCUUCCCGGGGAACCCGAACCGACCCAUCCCGGGGAACCCGAACCGAACCUUCCCGGAGAACCUGAACCGAACCUUCCCGGUGCUCCCGGAGCGCCCUCACCGACCCCUCCCGGGGUCCGGGCCCGCCCCGGAUCCAACCCAGGGACCCUGAACCCACCGACCCCCACCGCCCCCCUCGCGGUGCUCCCGGCGCAUCCCGGCGCCCCCGCAGGACCGGGAGCCGGUGUCCCCGCCGGGAUGGCGGCCCCCGCGCUGCUGGCGCUGGCCCUGGGCACCCUGGCUGUCAUGGCAGCACCCCCGGAGGGUCCCCACUUGUCCCUGUCACCCCCGGAGCCGAAGCCACGGCAGCCGUUCAACGUCACCUGCAGCUUCGGGGUCGCCGUCCCCGCCGCCAACGUCACCGUCACCGCCAACGACGACGCCCGGCCGGUGACGCUGAGCCAGGACGGCCACCGGGCCACGGCCACGGUCACCGUCGCCACGGAGGGCAGCGUCCGGCUGGGCUGCACCGUCCUGGCGGGCAGCAGGGAGCUCCGGGCCAGCGCCACCGCCCAGGCCUACCACGUCCCCGUGCCGCUGCUGGACGUCGCCGACGCCGCCGUGGCGGGCACGGCGCUGAGGGGAAGCUGCUCCUUGCCGGCCGGGGCCGUCCGGGACAUCCGCGUGCGGGUGCUGGCCGCGGGCCGCGGCGUCCUGAGGGAUUCCGAGCAGCCCCCGGUGACCUUCGAGCUGCGGGCGCGGGAGGAGGACGCCGAGCCGGGGCUGGAGGUGACCUGCGUGGCCAAGAUGGAUCCCUACAACUCCAGGAGCAAAUCCCAGCGGAUCCGAGUGCUGGUCAAACCGCGGCUGGACCCGGAGCGCUGCCCCCCGCAGCAGAACUGGACGGAGGGGCAGGAGGGGAUCCUGCACUGCAGCGCCGGGGGCGCACCUGCGCCGCAGGUGAGCUGCUCCAAGGACGGGAAUUCCCUGGCCCCCGGAGCCGCGCGUCCCGCCGCCCGCGCCCACGCCGGGACCUACCUGUGCCAGGCCACCAACGAGCUGGGGACGGCCGAGCGCAACGUCACCGUCCGGGUCCACUACGAGGACUCGUUCCCGCUGCUCCCGGUGCUCCUGGGGGUGCUGCUGCCGGCGGCCGCGCUCCUGGGCCUGGCCGCGCUCCUCGUGCUCCGCCACCGCGCCAGGAUCGGCGAGUACCGGCUCUGGAAGCGGCAGCCGCCGCAGGACGCGCGGCCCCUGCGGGCCCCGGGCAGCUCCGCGGCGGCCGCUCCCAACGGAUCCGCGGCCCCGUAGGCGGGCAGGGGUCCUGGAGGGGCCGGGACCCCCUGCCCGUCCCUCCCCCUGCGGCCACCGAGGGGACAGCGACAGCGGGGACCGGCCGGAGCCGCCGUGGUGGAUGCAGCUCCCAGACUGGGGCGGACUGGGGCGGACUGGGGCGGUGAGAUCCACCCGGUUCCCGGCGUGGAUCUCCGGGGUUCGCUCCGGAUUUGAUCCCUCGAGUGUUUUUGGGGUGGAUUUGGUGGAUUUGGCAGCCGGGUGGAGCCGCGGCCGCUCCGGGAGGACGAGGAGCAGGAGGGAGGGGACAGGCAGGCGACAGCGGCGCGUCCCACCAAUAAACGCUGCAGGUGACAUCCUCUGGGGCAGCGCUCCGCAGAUCCGGGGGGUUUUGGGGCAGCGGCACCGGGGGGGGACCGGGCUGUGCCCGCAUUGUCCCCCCCGGGCUGGGGACAGUGCCAGUGUCGCCGCCGCCGCCGCUCCCGGUGCUCCCGGUGCUCCCGGU